GGCGGAGGCCGAGUCCGGGCAGGAGUCUGCCGAGCCGGAGGGAGGCGCAUCUGGCGCUUCGGUACCAGCGGCGGCCGGGGGCUUGAGCUGUUGGAGAAGCGCAGUGGGAGCUGGGAAGAGCCAGCUCGUCUGGAGGGCGGACCCCAGCGUCCAGGAGCCCAGCCUCAGGCACAGCAAGGGGCGAAGCCACGCGUCUUUUCGGACGGCCAAUUUCACGCGCCAGUUUGAGAUUCCAGGCAUCCCAGUAAGCACCAGCACCGAGGCGCGGGAAUCAGAAGCGCGGAGCCAAAUCCCCUGCGCCCAGGUCACCUCCCAGACCUAUCCUUGCAGGGAUCAGGGCUUCAGGGCUCACCAACCCAAACGCCAGGUCAGACCGCUAGCCUGCAGGAGCGCGAGCCCCACCCUAAGGAGGGAGCGCCGCCGGGAACUGGGAAGCCGGUGCAGCGUGCGCGAGGUUGGGUCGUGGGCGCCGUCCUAGUGGCGGGGAGCGCACAGCCAAGAGGACAUGAGAUCGGAGAAAUCCCUUACGCUGGCGGCGCCGGGGGAGGUCCGUGGGCCGGAGGGGGAGCAACAGGAUGCCGGAGACUUCCCGGAGGCCGCUGGCGGCGGGGGCUGCUGUAGUAGCGAGCGGCUGGUGAUCAAUAUCUCCGGGCUGCGCUUUGAGACACAGCUGCGCACCCUGUCGCUGUUUCCUGACACACUGCUUGGGGACCCUGGCCGCCGAGUCCGCUUCUUUGACCCACUGAGAAAUGAAUACUUCUUCGACCGCAACCGGCCCAGCUUCGAUGCCAUCCUGUACUACUACCAGUCGGGGGGCCGCCUGCGGAGGCCAGUCAACGUGCCCCUCGACAUCUUCAUGGAGGAGAUUCGCUUCUAUCAACUGGGGGAUGAAGCCUUGGCGGCCUUCCGGGAGGAUGAGGGCUGUCUGCCCGAAGGUGGAGAGGACGAGAAGCCGCUACCCUCCCAGCCCUUCCAGCGCCAGGUUUGGCUUCUUUUUGAGUAUCCUGAGAGCUCCGGGCCCGCCAGGGGCAUCGCUAUUGUCUCCGUGUUGGUCAUUCUCAUCUCCAUCGUCAUCUUUUGCCUGGAGACCUUGCCCCAGUUUCGUGCAGAUGGUCGCAGUGGAAGCAAUGAUGGUGGUGUGAGCAUCCCAGAUGCCUUCUGGUGGGCAGUGGUUACAAUGACCACAGUGGGUUAUGGAGACAUGUACCCCAUGACUGUGGGGGGCAAGAUCGUGGGCUCUCUGUGUGCCAUUGCUGGGGUCCUCACCAUUGCCCUGCCUGUGCCGGUCAUCGUUUCCAACUUCAACUACUUCUACCACCGGGAGACAGAGCAUGAGGAGCAAGGCCAGUAUACCCAUGUCACUUGUGGGCAGCCUACACCAGACCUGAAGGCAACUGACAAUGGACUUGGCAAGCUGGACUUCUCUGAGGCCCCCCGGGAACGGAGGCCCAGCUACUUUCCCACUCCACAUCGGGCAUUUGCAGAGAAAAGGAUGCUCACAGAAGUUUGACCCAGGCGGGCAGAGCCUGCAUGAGAAGGGGUGUACUAAGUGAACUAACUAUUAGGCUUCUUUCUCAUCCUCACAACUCUCACCCUAGAUCCAGCUGACCUCUUGACUCCCUCCCCCUACACCCAGCACAUGGCAACCAGGACCAAAUACCUGGACUGUCAACCUUGUUGCUUGACCUGUACAGCAUUCAAGGUUUAUCCAUCUAAGUCACAUUUUUGAAAUUGCAACGGUGCCACCCAAUUAUGUCCAUCUUCUGUCACGUGGAUGAGAUAUACUGUUCUGUCUGACCUUCCCUCAAGACUGAUUUUUCCUGUCUGGAACUUGUCUUACCUUUAGGAGCAGAAACGUUAAUAGGAUGGAAAUCAGCCAUACUUGGGUCCUAUUACUCUCCUUAUUGUCCUUUGCUUUGGGGGGCAUGUACCUGCCUUAGCUUCUUGAUAACUGGUGGAAGCUGGAAGAUGGAAACAGUAUUCAAUGUGCUGUUUCAUUCCUUGAACUGUAACACCUGCUGGUCAUCCUGCAGAGCACCCUCUAUAAAGACUUAGUUGUACAGCCUCAAAAUAUGUUAUCCAUUUCUAAUCUUGGAUAGAAUGAAAGAAAAUGCAGUUAAAGUGGAUGAUCCGGAGGACAUGAGGGUCAGUCCUGGACCAAAGGGGCCAAUGGAUUCUCCCAGCUGUGAUCGGGUAUAGGAGACACUGGUCUUUGGUCUGCAAUUAGUCCUCCCCACUCUAAUCCCUGACUCUCUUGAGCUUCCAGGAAGGUUCCUUCUCAGAGCCAAAUACUCUUUUUGUGCAAGUGCCUUCCUGUGCAGAGGAACUGGAAACAGGUCCUACAGAACCAGGAGAAAUGGCUGAAUAUAGUCAAGCAACUGGCUUUAUCACAAACCAGAAGCAAGGAACCACUAAGCAGAGAUUGUCAUCUUGGAGGGGCAGAGGAA